AUGGUCAAAAAUAUACCGAACAAAAUGACAGACAAGGAACUUAUCACGUACAUCAACAAAGUAUGUCCUCGGAGAAUCGAUUUUCUGUACCUGAGGAUGGAUUUCCAGAACGGGUGCAACGUUGGUUACGCCUUCGUCAAUUUCAUAUCGGUGCAGGAUUUGUUACGUUUCGCGAAGGCGCGUCUAAAUGAGAAGUGGAACAUAUACUCGAGUGAGAAGGUACUUCAGAUGAGCUAUGCCAACUAUCAGGGAAAGGAAGCCCUCGUGGAGAAAUUUAAGAACUCCUGCAUCAUGGAUGAACGUGAGGAAUGGCGUCCAAAGAUAUUCUUCUCCGAUCCCGGGCCGAAUCAGGGACUUUCGGAGGAGUUUCCAAAGCCUACACAUAUCCGGAGGAAGGAGCGCAGCUCGUACAAUCGUGGCACGUUGUACCCUCCUGGUGUCAGCACCGGCGCAGGUCACUAUAGGUAUCUCAAUACCGGAAACAUUGGCAAUCCUGUCUCGCGACACCCACCAACUCGUGUUUCUGGUGAGGACAGACGACGUCGACGUGGCGCUGACAGUGUUUCUUUCCCCUCCCUUGUCGGAGCUGAGGUUGAGGAUGCCACGCGGUCUGGCUGA